AUGCUCAUCGGCAAUAUGACAAUGCUCAAGGCUUUACUGCCGCUGCCACUUCUUACAUUAGCUACAGCUCAUCCUCAUGCAGCAUUGGAGCAACGAGACCUAGUCGGCAACAUGGUAUCACAUCUAGGAGCAGAUGGCAAGAAUCUAGCAAAAGUGGCUUCCGCCCUGGUCGAAGCCAUUGAGGCCACAGUCCCAACAGCAACAAUCACAUCGCCCGCUCAGGCAAGUUCAGUUCUAUCUGGGAUCUUCGCCACAGCUACGAACUUCCUGGAUACUGCACCAGCUUUGAUCGCAGCAGGCUUCGACCCAGAUGACAUUCAGGACAUCGUAGAAGGCUACUCGCCAGCCCAGAACUCAGUCAACAAUACCAAUCCCGCACCGCCUAAGAACAUCUAUCCAGCUUCUCCCGCAGAUGCACCGUACUCCCUAUCUGAGUCAACUCUGCGAUCCGGCAUCUACAUCCCACCUACCUUCACGUACGGCAAGAAGCCUCCAGUAAUUCUCUUCCCCGGCACAGGUGUAGCAGGUGGUAUGACCUGGGCUUUCACCUAUGGAGAUCAACUAGCCAAGGAACCAAAUGCGGACCCUGUCUGGGUGAACAUCCCCAAAUUCAGCUUGGACGAUGCUCAAUUGACGGCGGAGUAUGCUGCAUACGCGAUGAGCUACAUCGGCGCCAUCACGAAUCGCAACACCACCAUCAUCACGUUUUCGCAAGGAUCAUUGAAUGUGCAGUGGGCGUUGAAGUACUGGCCCUCGACUCGCAGCGUGAUCACGGACUUCAUCGCCCUCUCUCCAGACUAUCGUGGCACGGUAAAAGCUGGCCUGAUCUGUCCGCAAUCUUCGCCACUGGGCUGCACGCCUUCGAUCCUGCAGCAGAAAACGAUGUCGAAAUUUGUCAAGACACUGCUGGCGAACGGUGGCGGCUCGGCCUACGUUCGUACCACGAAUGUGCGAUCAGCGACCGAUCAAAUCGUGCAGCCUCAAGCUGGACCCCACCCUUCUGGUGUCUUGGCUGAUGCACGGAACGUUGGCGUGGCAAACUAUCUGGUGCAGGAUGUUUGUCCUGCUUCGCCAGCUGGUACGCUUGUUACUCACGCGGGAAUCAUAUACAACUCACUGGCGUUUGACUUGGUGCUGGAUGUACUGAACAAUGGAGGGCCCGGACAGGCGAGUAGGCUCAAUCUGCCGCAGACGUGCAGUAGAGUAGUGGCACAGGGUGAUAGCUUGAACGAUCUCGUGGCAGUUGAAUCGACGUUUGUGGUCUUCCUGACCAACUUUGCUGCGUAUAUGCCUCGGACUUUCGUAGAGCCGCCGAUCAAAGCAUAUGCUACCUGA